GAAGCCUAGUUUUACCACGCUUGAGCUAACUUUUGUUGCAGUGUGUAACAAUGGUUGCGGCUGUAGCAGGUGUUAUCAGGAGGAUCUGGUGGAUAAUUUGUUAGCAUCGCAUUUUUCAAGACUAACUUUCAACUUUAAGUUAAAUAUUGGUGCAACUCGUCACUUCCUGUUGAACGCGGAGAGCUCGGUUUGUUGUUUUGGAAAGUUUUCAAAGUCUAUUGAAAAAGUUUGGUUGUUAACUACCUUUUGAUUUUGGACCCCGUGACGCGGUUGGCAUCCCAUGUAUAUGUACUGACAUACCCCUGUAAGACUAGCUGUCGCCUUUGGCUAAUGGGGAUCCUACUGUACUGCUGGGUUUGUACUCUUCAGUGCUAACAAUAUGUCAACCUGGGCCAGUACUGGUUUCAAAAGACCUGGACAGUUUUACAAGUCAGCUCUGCAUCACCAAAACUCAACUUCACCACACCUGCGAGCUAUGAACAAGCACAGGAUCAACGACUUCUGCAGCACCACAGAGGGAGAAAGGAUUCCGGCCAAUCUUAUCCAUGUUCUCCGGCAGAAGAGGCUGAAUGAGAGUAUGUACCAACUGUAUCUGCUUACCGGUCUGGUUUUUACCAUUCCUGUGUCCACAUUCUCCACCCUGAAACGGAUCAAGACUUACUCUAGAAACACCACUGGACCGGCCUGACUGUGAGCUUUGGCUUUGAUCUCAAUUGAGAAAGUACUUCUCUCAGAUUUAAUAUUUAAGGACAGCUCUAGACCUUUUCCACAUUUUGUUGUUACAAAUUGGAAUUAAAACAGAUUUAAUUCUUUUUUUCCAACAAUCUACACAAAAUACUCUGUCAAAGUGGAAGAAAAAUUCUAACAUUUUUUAAAGAUGAAUGAAAAGUAAAAUACUUAUCUUGAUUAGAUAUAUUUAAUACAUGUUAGAAUCACCUUUGGCAGCAAUUACAGCUGUGGGUCUUUUUGGGUAAGUCUCUAAGAGCUUUGCACACCUGGAUUGCACAAUAUUUGCCCAUUAUUUAAUUCUUCAAGCUCUGUCAUGGUGGUUGUUGAUCAUUGCUAGACAGCCAUUUAAGUCAAGCUGAUUUAAGUCAAAACUGUAACUAGGCCACUUAGGAACAUUCAAUGUUGUCUUGGUAAGCAAUUCCAGUGUAUAUUUGGCCUUGUGUUUUAGGUUAUUGUCCUGCUGAAAGGUUCAUUUGUCUCCCACUGUCUGGUGGAAAGCAGACUGAACCAUGUUUUCCUCUAGGAUUUUGCCUGUGCUCUAUUCUGUUUAUUUUUAAAUGCAUUUCCUGAAAUUCUACACAGUUGGACUUAUAUUGCUUCUCUUGAGGGAUGUUUUGCUGUAUGCUGUUUUAUAGCUACUCUCAUGCUAUUCUUCACAUUUUGCCAUGAUGAUGAUAGAUUUUAUUUUGCAGUUAAGCUAAUUUCCUGCUACCAAGACCAAAGUAGGCACAUUUGCUAUUUAAUGUGGCAAAACUAUGGUAGAGUUGAAAAAUGCAAUAGAAACACAUUGAACAUUAAAUUUAGCUUUCGGUAAAUGAAAAAUUAAGGGAAAAAGUAAUCACGCACUGAUUUUUAUCCACAAGUCAGUUUGGUGGAAACACAAUGCUGGUGGGAAAAAUUGGCAUAUUUUCUUUAUGCAGAUUUUUGAAUUUUCGCAUGAAAAUCUGUCGCCAAUUUUGGGGAGAUCUAGCUACAAAGUGUAAUGAAUUCACGCUCCAGAACAGUGGGCGAACGCAGCAGGCGGUGGCAUUACCCCCCCCCUAACGAUUUUUUGCGGACCGCCAUAAUACCAUAGAAGAAGAAGUAAACGGAAGUGAACAGUGACCAAGAAUCAUUUCCACGUUAGGGUUUUGUGAUUUCAAAGUUUUUUUUUAACACCCUGGAACUCAAUAUGACACAUUUCACUACACAGCAUCACAUACCUACCCUAGGUAGUGUUUAGUUCACGUUGGAGACAAGACUUGGUGUCUUUAUGUUACCUAGGUAACUCUAGCCAGCUAGUUGCUAACAAUGGCUAACUGUAACGGUAUGGUUUUUCACACUCAAAUAGCCUCCAUCAUGGAGGUGCUAGCAAAUGCAGCCGUAGCAGAGAUCUGUAAAGUCGUAGACGACGACUAUGCAGUGUUUCGUUUGGAAAUGUCUCAAAGCCAGAAAGAAAAUAGGGGAUUGCGGAGGAAACUACAGCUACUAGAACUGAAGGUGGCACGGGAGCGCACAGAGAGGACAAUGCGAGAGCGCGUUUUCGCCAGUCGUCCCAGUACUUUCAACAUCCUAGACCGAUACAGAGGAAUGGCAAGAGAUGAAGGACAUCUGACUGGAGGUCACAGGAGCUUUGUGAAGGCAGCGGGAAACAAUAAAUGGAGAGAUGACCAACCAAUCACUGUUGAUGAGAGGAGUGGAACCUCAACCCAGCAUGUUGUCGUGAUAGAGUCUGCAGGUGCAGAGGCUACAGGUCCUGAUGUGAAGCAGGAGAUGACUGAAGUAGUGGAGGACCCACGGCACAGCGGAGACGUCCAGACUGGAGUGGCAGGGGAGCCCCCUGUAGCCACAGAUAACCCCACCACCACCCCAGCGCAGUCCAUGACCCAACGCAGCAUCAUGGAGGAUGAGGGUCCAGAGGUGCUGCUGGUGAAGGAUGAGGGUCCAGAGGUGCUGCUGGUGAAGGGUGAGGGGUGUGAGGAGGGUCUACGGAACCCUGAGGGGACCAUGAUCAUGGAGGACAACCAGACUACACCUCCUCCUGAAUCCACAGAGGAACCAGCUGAGUUGCACAGGACCACACUCAGUCUCGCUGAGCCAGUAGACAUGGAGGAUGGGAAGCCUGAUCUGCUGCUAGUCAAAGAGGAGACAAUAGAAGACGAACCAGAGAGCAUUGACCUGCUGAGUGGACUAAAGAAGGGGGAGCAAGGUAAAGGAGAAAUACAUAUAGCCCAUUGUCUUACUUCAGCUGACGUCACUCCAACACCACGCUCAUUCCUUCUCAUAGUACCGGUUUCAAUUCAAGUGCCAAUGCCGUUUAUCAAACUCCAGGUGGUGCUUUGGCCAGAUGACUUGAAAAUAGAACUCUUUGGCGUCGAAAAAAUGAAAAAUGGAAGCAUAUGCAAAAAAAACGUACCUCAUACCUACGAUGGUUGGCUGGAGGCUAACAGUGGAGACUGGAUGGCCAUCUUGGAUUCCCAAACCCAGACGAGUACAGCCAAGGGCUCCAGGGAUAACAUCAACAAGCCGGCAUGGACCAGAGGCGACAUAGUGGCGGCCAGUGGAUGGGACAGCGUCCUUAACUCUGGGCUGGGGAGCAUUGUUCAACAUAACCAGAAACUGACAGUUGAACACAAAACAACAUCUAAACUUAAUCUCCAUGACAACAUACUAGUUGAAACCAGGGCAAGGUGUAGAUUUAGUCCGCUGGGAUGGGGAGGUAUCCGUAUGAGAACAGACACAGACUCGGCUAGCAAUUCUCCGUCCUGCUCCUAUAGUUGUGAUUCGGAGAGACUGAUGGCACCUCAGGUUAAUGCCCUAACAGGUUCUGCCUUCAGCCUUCCUUCUAAAGGAUCUAUCAACUUGAACAUUGACCCUGCGACAACACAGACACUCUCUGGCCUUCGUCCUCCUCACACUCUCCUGUUAAACCAGACUUCAGACAAUGCCAAUGCCUCAACACUUAAUGGCUACACAAGUCCAUUGACAAUUGACAGUAGUAGUAGUAUCGCUAUCAGCAGAUCCAGUGGCAAAGAGAAGCGCUUCCCAUGUUCGUUCUGUGGGAAAGCCUUCAGUUUCCCCAAACAGAUGGAGAUCCACCAAAGGAUGCACACGGGGGAGAAACCAUUUGGCUGCCAGCUGUGCCGGGCCAGUUUCUCUCAAUCGUCCAACCUGAAGAGGCACCAGAGAGUCCACACAGGGGAGAAACCCUACAGCUGCCCCCAGUGUGAGAAGAGGUUCUCCCGCCAGCACCAGCUGAAGAUGCACCUGAAGGUCCAUACAGGAGAGAGGCCGUUUGCCUGUACACACUGUGGGAAGAGGUUCUCAGAGAGGAGCUACCUCAGGAUACACCAGCAGAAAAUGCACACGGCACAUGUAUAGAGUAUAGAGAGACAUGUAAUGUAAUACUAGUUAGUUUGUAGUUAAUUCUGUUGGUAAUGGAUGUAUCGGGAACUGGAUGAGGUGAACUGAGGAAAGAAUGAGUAUGUUGAGGCCGAGUAGAUGAUAUGGUGAUGGAUGGUGGGAAAAUGCUUCACUAAUGAAGUGACAAACUUUGUCUUUAGGUGUUUUAUAGUGAGAUAAUGAUAGUGCCUUAAUUCAUGAUGUAUUGAAGCUGUGUGUAAUAUUGAACCAUUUCCAAAGUAUUCUAUAGUUACAUCAAAGCGAAGGUACUAGAUUUACAGAAAAGGUCAAUUGUGAGAAGUUUUUCUACUUGUCAUGUAUCGUUUUGUGCAAUACAUGUGAUUUGUAAUGCUAUUUGUUUAAAUUAAAUAUUAAAUUGACUCUGC